AUGAAAUGCGUCCAAUUUGUGUUAGAGCACCCGAAACUGACCGUUCAGACGUUGGUGAUCAAUCACUGCAGCCGUGGAGAAACAUGGAAUCAAUUUCAACCAAUUUUGGAGAAAAAUUUGAGAGAAUUGACUCAUAAACUCUCCGUGAAAUCUCUCAUCACCAAAGGAUUCGAUUUGAAACAUCUGCCUAACAUUCUACAGUUCAUACAACCCGGAUUUCUCUCCUCGUGGACUCUUAAUAAUGGUAUUAAUGAGAAAAUGAACGCAGAAAUUUGGAAUGAAAUCAAAGAAACGGAUUGUUGGAAACAUCUGAAGACGUUCAAUGGAGUACACUCUAAAACGGGAUUCCUAAUUCCUAAACCGCUUUCCGAUUAUUUUCAUUUGUGCAAAUUUGAAAUGAUGAUUCAUUCUUGCUCACCGGAUGAUCUGAUUCUAAUCAGAGAUAUUCUUCUGAAAAAGCCGCACUUCAAGAAAUUCACAAUGUUUGUCAAUAAUGGAUUCGAUUCAAAUGCCCUUGAGAUUGUAUUCGGAACAGAGACGACAAGUUUCUUUGACUAUCAAGUACCAGGGACGGCCGAUGAGUUUUUCGGCAGUCUCUCGAUGCCGUUGACACGCCACCAGAGAGCCCGAAACCUGGAGAUCCGCACAUUCAUUCUAGAUGAAGUACUUUCCAAGAAACCAGUUGAAGAAGCAUACAAGGGUCUAUGCGUGAAAUUUGGAGAGAAGAAAAUCACGUACUACGAAUUCGAUUUUUGGUUCUAUCGAUUCUAUGGAGGAGACAAGGAUUUGCAAUGUGACAAGGAUUUUGGAAGAGACUUGGACCCAAAACAUAGAGGAUUGACCAACCUCCCGCCCGAGCUUAUCCAACAAAUCACUACAAGUCUGCACCAAAGAGAGAGGUUCCCACUCCGCGAAGUUUGUCAAACAAUGAAGAUGGUUUUCAACGGGAUCCCUAUCAAAAUCGACAAUGCAGAACUGAAAUGCUCCUCUCAGAAAUUGGUUUUCAAUUACGGCCCAAAUUUUAUGAAAUGUGUCAAAGUGGAUGGCGGAUGCAACUUUAUUAAAGAUGGGCGAUUGAAAUUCAUCAAGAAUGGAGAUUUCCUAAAAGUUGCUGCGAAUCAUGUGAAAUUUGUGAUGGAUCAUGCCAGACUCAGUAUCGGCACACUUCUUAUCCACCAACUUUGUCUUGAAGAUCAAGAAGUGUGGGAUAGCUAUUGGGCGGUGAUGAAGAAACUGUUGAAGUCGCUCACUAAUAAAAUUCAAAUCGAGAAUCUUCGAUUCAUUAGAAGUGACUUGAAGGGUCUUAUGGAUUUCGUCCCAUUUGUGAAAUCUGGAGCCACUAUUGACUUGGUCUGUAACGGGAAGCCGGAUGGAAUGUGGAAUACACUUCAGGAGUUGUUGGGAGCCGGAGCUCUCUUUGAAGUGUCGCCUGUUAAAAUACGACUUGAUUCAUUCUUGACUACAGAGGAAGUGGUUGAAAUUCGUGAGAAAGUAAUGGAGCUACCGACGGUAAACGAGUUCAUUGUGACAUUUCAAGAAGCGAUGGGUGAGGAGAUGAUCGAAGAGAUUCACGAUGGGUUGAAAUAUCUUCCGAAUUUCGGAAAAUGUCGUCAUCAAAUCAAACCACACUCCCUGAGAUCCACCUGCCGUUUGAAUCGUUUCGUUGUGGACUUCACAGAGUUUUUCGUGCCACGUGUCAGAGUUUCAGUCAAGGAUUCUGAAUUUUUGAUUAUGAUUCAUACGGGGAUCGACAAGUUUUUGAGAAUCGAGAUGCGGAUUGGAUCUGGAGGGAAGACUAUUAUCAGGAAACUCCAGAACAGCUACCACGCUAAAGACGCCACAGAAAAAGUGCUUCCAUCGACUCCUCGUCACCAUGCUGCUCAACUUCUAUGUGGUCUUCUGUCUCGCGAGAAAACUCUUAUUGGAGUGAUGGAAUGGGAGUUCGAAGGAGGAAUUGAUGUGAAAAAUCAGGCAAACGAACAGGCCAGCAUCCAAGCCACUAUUGCUAAAAUUGUCAGUUUGGUGAACUUCCUCCAAAAAUUCUCUGGAAAAUCUCAAAUUUUCCGUGCCAACAAGUUAAUGACCAGCUGGAAUUUGGAUCUAGACAUGGAAGCAUGCAUCAAACAGAUUUUUGUUCUAGAAGAUCUCAAAAAGAUUGAGAGAGUUGGAUUGAUGACGUCGGCGACUUCAUUAACUCCAGCAGCUUCUUGCGAUUCUUAUGUACCUUUAAGCGGGAUGGGAAUUCCUUGUGGCACCAACUCUGUCCUGCAUGAAUACGACCCGAUGCAUUGGAACAUGUUCAUGCUAGUCUCUUGCCAGACACCCGGAUUCGGAGUUCUUCGUUUCGCCAAUUUCAAUGACACUGCUAAAGAACUAUGGAAUUCUGUAAAGGAACCAAUUGAGAAAAUAUCUGACAAAAAGUACCGGAAAGUCUGCCUUGUUGGGACUUUCAAUGGGAGGAUCCUGAUGAUGCACGAGAGAUCUCCUUGUGGGUACUGGGUCUAUGGGAUACUGGAGAAGAAUCAAAGAGUCUUUGAGGACUAUCGUCGUCUGAACUUCAACUCCUGUGGUCUCGGCUGGUUAUGCAAAAAAUGCACGGAUCCCUUUGAGUACAACUACUACCAAAAUCUGGGCCGUCGAGUGCUCCUGGAGCCAAAAUGGAGUGGCAUCUUGCAAGGUGGAUAUGAGCAUGGGAAAGCAGCGAUUUCUGAUAGAAAAAAUUUGGCAAGGGAAUGUUAUGAGAAGGAUGAAAAGACGAAGAAGAAUUCUGGAGAAAAUUCUGGGGAAGGGACGAUGGUUCAAAAGAUGUGGGGAUUCGGAAAUCAAGGAGUGGAAGAUAUCAGUCAGAGGAUGGCGGAAAGUGUCAAAAUAAAUUAA